AUGGAGUACAUUGGAGCCUCAGGAGUUGAUAUAGAAUUCGCAUCAGUUCCAAUUUCACAAAGCAUUGAUUUCCACUUCAUACUCAGUUUCGCCAUUGACGCAGAUUCUUCAGGCAAUCCCCAAAAUGGCACAUUCUCCCCAUACUGCGUAUCAACCCUUACUCCGAAGGCUGUAAAAUCCAUCAAAUACAUCUACCCCAAUGUAAAAGUCCUCGCAAGCCUCUCGGGCUGGAGCCUUGGACAAAAAGUACUCUCCUGGUACAACCCAGAAGACCAGGACGUCUGGAUAUUGAAUGCAUCUUCCUCGCUAAAGUCACUUGUCGAAACUUAUGGACUAGAUGGGAUCGAUAUCGACUAUGAAAGGUUCCCUAAACAUCAUGAAAGUUUUGCUUAUUGCAUUGGAGAAGUCAUUGCUCUUCUAAAGAAUAAGGGUGUGAUUUCCGUGGCAACCAUUGCACCAUUUUACAGCACUGUCAUUCCAUACAUUGAGCUCCACACAAGAUUUGGAGAUUACAUUGAUUAUGUGAAUUAUCAGUUUUAUACAGAUAUAAUUAAAACCCCAGAAACAUAUUUGGAAGCUUUUAGAAAUAGGACACAACAGUUCGACAAAAACAAGGUUUUACCUAGUUAUGAAGUGAGUGGGAGAGGGAUACAAGGGGAUGCAUUUUUUGAUGCUUUGAAACUAGUGGAAAAUAACGGGUUUAAUAUUAGUGGGGCCAUGAUUUUCUCUGCUGAUGCUUCGAUCUCCAAUGGGUUCUAUUACGAGAAGAAAACGCAAAAUUUCUUGAUCAAUAAUUUGACUCGAGUGUGA